AGUAACUUUGGGUAUUCCCAGACUCACUAUUUUUAAGGACAGAUCAGUUUUCCACAGAUUUUAAAACAGACCAAAAUUUAAGUGUUCAGGAAAAGUACAAAAAAGAAAUUCUUAUCGGAAACUUUGUCUUUUGGUCGUUAGGUAGUAGGAUUGUUAAUUCGCGACUUAAGAGUUAUCUGCAGUAGAGAUGCCUCUUGGUAGAGCUUUGAAAUCGCGUCCGGAUCGCGAUAGUGCUCCAAGGAAUUGCGGGGAGACGUUGGUUCGCCGUCGAUCUGCUCCAGCCUUGGCCAUUCCGCCGGUGGAGGACUCCCCAGUUGUGGUGGUCAAACAGGAAUCCCAGGAUGUGAACGCCACUGACGAAAUGGACACCUUGCGAGAGGAUGACGCUUCAGAGGACCCAUCCAGUCCAGUUGAAUCUCCGUUGGCCAUGCGGAAUGGGGCAUUGGAUGAGUUCCUGGUCUCCCUACUCGAGUGCCCCGUCUGCUUUGGCUACAUGAUGCCACCGAUUAUGCAGUGCUCCCGCGGCCAUCUGCUCUGCGCCAGCUGCCGCCAGAAGGUGGGUCUUUGCCCCGUCUGCCGGGUGUCCAUGACCAACAUCCGGAGCCUCUCCAUGGAGAAGGUCGCCUCGAAGCUGAACUUCCCCUGCAAACACUCAGAUUUCGGCUGCCGGGCGCGGCUCUCCUAUGCGGAGAAGAGCAGCCACGAGGAGGACUGCGACUGCCGUCCCUACUUCUGUCCCUAUCCGGAUGACAAGUGCGUCUGGCAGGGUCCGCUGAAGGAUGUGUACCAGCAUCUGGUUAGUUCGCACGAGAACGUCAUCACCAUGGCGGGCAGCGACAUCAUCUUCCUGGCCACCAAUGUGAAUCUGGAGGGCGCCCUGGACUGGACCAUGGUGCAGUCGUGCCAUGGGCGGCACUUCCUCCUCUCCCUGGAGAAGAUCCAUCUGGGCGAGGGCUGCCAGCAGUACUUCACCGCCUGCCGCAUGAUCGGCAGCAUGAAGGAUGCCGCCGAGUUUGUCUACAACAUCUCGUUGGAGGCCAAUAAUCGCACCCUGCGUUGGCAGUCCAAGCCAAGAUCAAUACGCGAGAGCUUCGUUUCGUUCACCAAUGCCGACUUCCUGGUCCUCAACAAGUCCACGGUGGAACUCUUCUCGGAGGACGGCAAUCUGGCCCUGAAUGUAGUCAUUAAAAAGGCCCAAGACACCAGAGAGCUCACCAACUAAGAUCUGUAGUCACCCUGAGUAUCGGAACUUCUUCCCAAUUUAAUAGUUGUCAACGUAGUCAUACAUAUAGGCAUAUCAAAUAAAUAUAUUGAUUGUGCCCUGUCACCUCGAA